AUGGCGGAAAUCAAGAUUGACGGCAAGCUCUUCCAGGAGCGGGCGUCGCAUUUCGUCAAUGCUUGGAAGGCCGACAAACGUUCGGGCGACGCGCUCUUUGGCGGCGCCUCGUCAAUCGUUGUCAUGAUGGGCAAGGUUGAAGAGACGCCUGAAUAUCACAAGAACAACGCUAUGCACUUCUGGUUGCUCGGCUACGAAUUCCCUACCACUUUAAUGCUUUUCACAGUUGAUACCCUUUACAUUCUUACUACAGCAAAGAAAGCCAAGCACCUUGGUCAGAUCAAGGGCGGUCGAUACCCAGUCGAAGUCCUCGUGAGGGGCAAAGACGCAGCAGAGAACGAGAAGGCAUUUGUCAAGAUUGCGGAACAUAUCAAAGAGGCUGGCAACAAGGUCGGCGUACUCACAAAAGAUGCGUCCAAAGGCCCAUUCGUGGAUGAGUGGAAAAAAGUCUAUACAGAGCACUGCAAGGAUGUCGAGGAGGUCGACAUCGCGCAGGCACUAUCUGCAGCCGCCUUCUCAACCAAGGACGAAGCCGAGCUCAGGGCCAUGCGGACGGCUUCGAAAGCAUGUGUCGCUUUGAUGCACCCCUACUUCCUGGACGAAAUGUCGGACAUCCUCGAUCAGGAGAAGAAGGUCAAGCACAGCGUCCUUGCCGAGAAGGUGGAGAAGAAGCUCGAUGAUGACAAGUUUUGGAAGACGGUCACCCUGCCCAAUAAGCAGAAGCUACCGAGCGAUUUUGACCCGGAGCAGCUAGACUGGAUCCUGGGUCCCAAUGUUCAAAGUGGCGGCAAAUACGAUCUCAGGUGGCAGACCGAGGCAAACAACGACAACUUGCACCCUGGUAUCAUCGUUUCGGCCUUGGGCCUGAGGUACAAGUCAUAUUGCUCGUCAAUCGCUCGGACGUUCUUGGUCGACCCCAACAAGUCACAGGAGUCCAACUACAAAAUUCUCCAUGCUGCGCACCAGCUGAUUCUCAAAGAGGUUCGAGAUGGCGCUGUGGUCAAAGAUGUCUACCAGAAGGCGCUUGCCUACAUCAAAAGCAAAAAGCCUGAGCUGGAAAAGCACUUCCUCAAGAACGUCGGCUGUGGUAUAGGACUCGAGCACCGCGACCCUACCAUGAUCCUGAACGCCAAGAACACUCGCGCCCUCAAGGAUGGAAUGACGCUCUGCAUCAUGACCGGGCUUCAAGAUAUCGAGAACCCUAACCCGCAGGACAAGAACAGCAAGGUCUACUCCCUCGUAAUCAUGGACACCGUCCGUGUCACCGCAUCCGAACCUGUCGUCUUCACGGGCGAUGCGCCUUGUGAUGCAGAUGCUAGUUCGUUCUUCUUCAAGGACGAGGAGACGGCUCAGCCAGCGCCCAAGAAGGAGAAGAAGGAGUCACGUGUCGGGGCGGUCGCCACCAAGAAUAUCACCAGCACGCGCCUCAGGUCAGAGCGUAGUACGCAAGUCGAUGAGGACGCCGAGAAGAGACGUCGGGAGCACCAAAAGGAGUUGGCGGCCAAGAAGCAGAGGGAGGGUCUUGCAAGGUUUGCCGAGUCGACCAACGACCAAAAUGGCACCGAGGUCAAGAAGUUCAAGCGCUUCGAGUCAUACAAGCGAGACAACCAGCUUCCACCAAAGGUCAAGGAUCUCGCCGUCAUAGUUGACCAGAAGAAUGCAACUGUAAUCGUUCCUAUCAUGGGUCGACCGGUGCCUUUCCACAUCAACACGAUCAAGAAUGCCAGCAAAAGCGACGAGGGCGAGUUUUCAUUUCUGCGCAUCAACUUCCUGUCACCCGGCCAGGGUGUCGGUAGGAAGGAUGACCAACCGUUCGAGGACGCCACCGCCCACUUCGUGAGGAGUUUGACUUUCAAGUCCUUGGAUGGCGAUCGCUACACCGAGAUUGCGAAUCAGAUAGCCAACAUGAAGAAGGAGUCUGCUAAGAAGGAGCAAGAGAAGAAGGACAUGGAAGAUGUUGUGGAGCAGGAGAAGCUCAUUGAGAUAAGGAACCGACGCCCUGCGGUGCUUGAUAAUGUCUUCAUCCGCCCGGCGAUGGAAGGCAAACGCGUACCAGGCAAGGUAGAAAUACACCAGAACGGUAUUCGCUACCAGUCGCCAUUGGCCGCACAGCAGAGGGUAGACGUACUUUUCUCCAACGUCCGCCACCUAUUCUUCCAGCCCUGUCAGCACGAACUUAUCGUUAUCAUCCACCUCCACCUGAAAGAUCCCAUCUUGAUAGGAAACAAGAAGAAGACAAAGGAUAUCCAGUUCUACCGCGAGGCAACAGAUAUCCAGUUUGACGAGACGGGCAACCGCAAGCGAAAGUACCGUUAUGGGGACGAAGACGAGUUUGAGGCAGAGCAGGAGGAGCGCCGCCGUCGUGCUGAACUCGACAGGCUCUUCAAGAGUUUCGCAGAAAAGAUUGCGGACGCCGGAAAGUCUGAGAACCUCGAGGUGGACAUGCCACUCCGCGAGCUGGGCUUCAACGGUGUGCCCUUCAGGAGCAAUGUUUACAUCCAGCCCACUACAGAGUGCUUGAUUCAGAUUACGGAACCUCCUUUCCUUGUCAUCACAUUGGACGACAUCGAAAUUGCACAUCUCGAGCGUGUCCAGUUUGGACUGAAGAACUUUGAUCUUGUUUUUGUCUUUAAAGACUUCACUCGACCACCGGUACACAUCAACACCAUCCCGGUGGAGUCGCUGGAAGACGUCAAGGAGUACCUGAACCAGUCCGACAUUGCAUACAGCGAGGGACCACUGAACCUGAACUGGCCGACCAUUAUGAAGACAGUGACGGCAGACACGCACGAGUUCUUCGAGGGUGGCGGUUGGUCGUUCCUGCAGGCCGACUCAGACGACGAGGGCGAUGGAGAAGAGGAGGAGGAGAGUGCCUUCGAGGUCUCCGAGUCGGAGCUUGAGGAGGCAUCCGAGUCGAGCGAGGAGGACUCAGAGUUUGACAGCAACGCGUCAGACGACGCGAGCGACGAGGAUGCCAGUGAAGAGGAGGAGGGUGAGGAUUGGGACGAGCUCGAGCGCAAGGCCAAGCGCAAGGACCGCGAGAGCGCCCUCGACGACGACGAGGAUGAGCGUGGAAACAGCAAGAAGAAGCAACGUAAGCGCUGA